GUUUACCGGUAUCAGCACCAGCAUCAUGAGCAGCAUCAAAAACCACCCGCAAAACGCCCCCGUCGCCCUGGUAUCGCAAUCCCGCCCGCGUUUCCCUUGGCGACGCAUCCUCUUGAGCGCUGUCGGUUUGUACGCCUUCUAUUGCUUCAUUCAUGGCGUCCCCCUCCUUGCUUCGCCACUGCCGUCCUACACCGGCCCGCAUGGCGUCGGGGCUAUCGAUCUCGAGGUGCCCUUAAAUGGCGGGCCUCUACGGGUCGCUGAGGCCGUUCACAAGACCACCGGACAACCGGUCUUUGAAGUUGAAACACUUCUGGCCACGGUUUAUUACCCGACCGACCGUGACUUCCGUUCCCGCAAACCCCGAUAUCGCUGGAUUCCGCGGCCCAUCAGCCUCACGGCUCAAGGCUACGCCCGUCUUGCCGGUCUAGACAAUUUCAUCACUCGACCCAUCUUCACCGUGGCUCUAUGGGCUGUGGGCGGUGCCGUAACCAUUCCCGCUGAGGUCGACGCUCCGCUUCUUCGCCACGGGAGCGGCCACGAUUCGUUCCCCGUCACUAUCUUCUCCCACGGCGAUGUCAGCUCGCGCACCGACUAUACCCAGUUCCUCGCCGAACUCGCCAGCCGCGGACACGUCAUCGUCGCCAUGGAACACCGUGAUGGUAGUGGGCCCGGCUCUAUCGUCAAGACCUCCGCUAACUCCCCGGGUCGCCACGUCCCUCCUCUCCGGCUGUCCGAUGUUCAACGCCCAGAUCCAGAUAUAGCCAUGAACUUCGACCGGGACGCCUUCAAACGCGCUCAGCUUGCCUUUCGCGACGCCGAAUUUCACGCAGCUGCCGACCUCCUCCACGCCAUCAACAACGGCACCCCGAUCCUGAACACCCGUGACCCUGUCACCACCCUCCCCUCUUGGACCGGCCGCCUCAACACCAGCCAUCUCACUCUCGCAGGGCACUCUUUCGGCGCCACGGGCGCUCUCCAAGCCCUCACCACAACACUCUCCCCAUCCCCCGUUGCAGGAUGGAUCCUCGACCCGGGCAAAUCCAGCGGACCCCUCAACCCUAACGCCACUGUGCCCAUUCUUGUAGUGCACUCCAACUCCUGGUCCCGCACCGUCAGCCCCUUCUACAACCGGCCGCACUUCGACACUGUCCGUGACCUUGUCCGCGCUGUCCCCGCCCCGUCCUGGUUCCUGACCAGCAUCGGUACGGCACAUCCCAGCGUCACCGACGCCCCGCUGAUCGAGCCACUGCUCCUCAGCUGGACCACCGGCACCACAUUGGACGUUCGGGAAGCGCUACGCGAGUAUGUUCGAGUUGUUGAUGACUUCUUCCAUUAUGUGCGAGAUGGAAAAGAACGCGGCAUCCUGAGCGAGAAAGCAACCCAUCAUCAGUACGAUGAGUGGGUGAGUGAGGAGCGGGAAAGGGAGUUUCCGCGGGCUUUAGCGAGACUGUGGCAGAUUCACGUUACGCCUAGCAAUCAGACGAGGCCGAUGGAGCAUCCUGUGGAGCUUUGAAUAGAUUAUCUCAUGAUAUAAAUAAUGUGUAUAGUACGUCCCGUUCGCCUUACCGAGCGAACAAUGUUAUUUACUAUCUGAAGUAUCUGAAGAAAUAGUCCAGCU